GGUGGACUAUUUGCUCUCAGUCUGGGAGGUACUUUUGCGUCCCUGCUUCCAAAUAGGGAACCCAUGCCUGCAGAUUCAGCUAGGUCUCCAUGGGAUGAAAGUUUCUUAGAGCUUGGCCUCAUGCAAGGUAUACGAGGCUCGGAGGGACACACCGCGGAGGGAUCCGGUUUGUUGUGGUGAGGGGAGGGGGGAGGAGACGCUGACAAACCAAGAUGGCGGCGGCGGCGCCGAAGGCCGCGGCGGCUGGGAGGUAACUGUAGUGGUGAAGGCUGCGGUAGUUGGGAGGCAGCGGCAGAGUUUGGAAGGAACGAGGCAGGACGAAGAGGCGGUAGCAGUAGCGCCAGCUUGAGCCUCUCAGAGCGUGGCAGCUACACGCCCCCCAAGGCCCUCGGCGGGCGGCGGCCGCCCCGCUUAGGGCCUAGUCCCCGAGCAGUGCCUCGGCUUCAUACCGCGGUGUCCGCCAUGAGUCCUUAAGGGCGGUCCGAGCCCUCCAAGUCCUAGGGCCCACCAUGGAGCCGGGGUCCGACGACUUCCUACCGCCGCCGGAGUGCCCGGUGUUCGAGCCUAGCUGGGCCGAGUUCCGAGACCCUCUUGGCUACAUCGCGAAAAUCCGGCCCAUCGCCGAGAAGUCGGGCAUUUGCAAGAUCCGCCCACCCGCGGACUGGCAGCCACCCUUUGCUGUAGAAGUGGACAACUUCAGGUUUACUCCCCGAAUCCAGAGGCUGAAUGAACUAGAGGCCCAGACAAGAGUGAAGCUGAACUAUUUGGACCAGAUUGCCAAAUUCUGGGAAAUCCAGGGCUCCUCCUUAAAAAUUCCCAAUGUAGAACGGCGGAUCUUGGACCUCUACAGCCUCAGCAAAAUCGUGGUGGAGGAAGGUGGCUAUGAAGCCAUCUGCAAAGACCGUCGGUGGGCCCGGGUGGCCCAGCGCCUCAACUACCCACCAGGCAAAAACAUUGGUUCCCUGCUACGCUCCCACUAUGAACGCAUCGUUUACCCCUAUGAGAUGUACCAGUCUGGAGCCAACCUGGUGCAGUGCAACACACGUCCAUUUGAUAAUGAGGAAAAGGACAAGGAAUACAAACCCCACAGUAUCCCCCUUCGACAGUCCGUGCAACCUUCCAAGUUCAAUAGCUAUGGCCGGCGGGCCAAGAGACUGCAGCCUGAUCCGGAACCCACGGAAGAAGACAUUGAAAAGAAUCCGGAACUGAAGAAGCUACAGAUCUAUGGGGCAGGCCCCAAGAUGAUGGGCCUGGGCCUCAUGGCCAAGGAUAAGACUCUGCGGAAGAAAGAUAAGGAAGGGCCUGAGUGUCCCCCCACCGUAGUGGUGAAGGAGGAGUCAGGCGGGGAUGUGAAGGUGGAGUCAACCUCACCUAAGACCUUCCUGGAGAGCAAGGAGGAGAUGAGUCACAGCCCAGAGCCCUGCACCAAGAUGACCAUGAGACUGCGGAGGAACCACAGCAAUGCCCAGUUUAUCGAGUCCUAUGUUUGCCGGAUGUGUUCCCGAGGGGAUGAGGAUGACAAGCUUCUGCUGUGUGAUGGCUGUGAUGACAACUACCACAUCUUCUGCCUGCUGCCUCCUCUGCCUGAGAUUCCCAAGGGUGUCUGGAGGUGCCCAAAGUGUGUCAUGGCGGAGUGUAAGCGCCCCCCUGAAGCCUUUGGCUUUGAGCAGGCUACCCGGGAAUACACUCUGCAGAGCUUUGGCGAGAUGGCUGACUCCUUUAAAGCUGAUUACUUCAACAUGCCUGUGCACAUGGUGCCCACAGAACUCGUGGAGAAGGAGUUCUGGCGGUUGGUAAACAGCAUUGAGGAAGAUGUGACUGUUGAGUAUGGGGCUGACAUCCAUUCCAAAGAAUUUGGUAGCGGUUUCCCCGUCAGUGACAGUAAGCGGCACCUAACCCCUGAGGAGGAGGAGUAUGCUACCAGUGGUUGGAACCUGAAUGUGAUGCCAGUGUUGGAGCAGUCUGUACUAUGCCACAUCAAUGCAGAUAUUUCUGGCAUGAAGGUGCCCUGGCUCUAUGUGGGCAUGGUCUUUUCAGCCUUUUGCUGGCAUAUUGAGGAUCACUGGAGUUACUCCAUUAACUACCUCCAUUGGGGUGAGCCGAAGACCUGGUAUGGGGUACCCUCACUUGCAGCAGAACAUUUGGAAGAGGUGAUGAAGAAGCUGACACCUGAGCUCUUUGAUAGCCAGCCUGACCUCCUGCACCAACUUGUCACCCUCAUGAAUCCCAAUACCCUCAUGUCCCAUGGUGUGCCGGUUGUCCGUACAAACCAGUGUGCAGGAGAAUUUGUCAUUACCUUCCCUCGUGCUUACCACAGUGGCUUCAACCAAGGCUACAACUUUGCGGAGGCUGUCAACUUUUGCACUGCUGACUGGUUGCCAGCUGGGCGCCAAUGCAUUGAGCACUACCGCCGGCUCCGAAGAUACUGCGUCUUCUCCCAUGAGGAGCUCAUCUGUAAGAUGGCUGCCUGCCCAGAGAAGCUGGACCUGAACCUGGCCGCAGCUGUGCAUAAGGAGAUGUUCAUCAUGGUGCAGGAGGAACGGCGACUACGAAAGGCCCUGCUUGAAAAGGGCAUCACGGAAGCUGAGCGAGAGGCUUUUGAGCUACUCCCAGAUGACGAGCGCCAAUGCAUCAAGUGCAAGACCACAUGCUUCCUGUCAGCUCUGGCCUGCUACGACUGCCCAGACGGGCUUGUCUGCCUUUCCCACAUCAAUGACCUCUGCAAGUGCUCCAGUAGCCGGCAGUACCUGCGGUAUCGAUACACCUUGGAUGAGCUCCCUGCUAUGCUGCAUAAACUGAAGGUUCGGGCCGAGUCCUUUGACACCUGGGCCAACAAAGUUCGAGUGGCCCUGGAGGUGGAGGAUGGGCGGAAGCGCAGCCUUGAAGAGCUGAGGGCACUAGAGUCUGAGGCCCGUGAACGGAGGUUUCCUAACAGUGAGCUGCUGCAGCAACUGAAGAACUGCCUGAGUGAGGCAGAGGCCUGCGUGUCCCGGGCUCUGGGACUAGUCAGCGGCCAGGAAGCCGGCCCCCACAGGGUGGCUGGUCUACAGAUGACCCUGGCUGAGCUCCGGGCAUUUCUGGACCAGAUGAACAACCUGCCUUGUGCCAUGCACCAGAUUGGGGAUGUCAAGGGUAUUCUGGAACAGGUGGAGGCCUACCAGGCUGAGGCCCGUGAGGCCCUGGCCUCGCUGCCCUCCAGUCCAGGGCUACUGCAGUCCCUGUUGGAGAGGGGGCAGCUGCUAGGGGUGGAGGUGCCCGAGGCCCAGCAGCUCCAGCGGCAGGUGGAACAGGCACGAUGGCUGGAUGAGGUGAAGCGCACGCUGGCCCCCUCGGCCCGGAGGGGCACCCUGGCUGUCAUGCGGGGACUUUUGGUCGCGGGUGCUAGCGUAGCCCCUAGCCCUGCUGUGGACAAAGCCCGGGCUGAGCUGCAGGAGCUGCUGACCAUUGCUGAACGCUGGGAGGAGAAAGCCCACCUCUGCUUGGAGGCCAGGCAGAAGCAUCCACCAGCCACACUCGAGGCCAUAAUCCAUGAGGCAGAAAACAUCCCUGUUCACCUGCCCAACAUCCAGGCUCUCAAGGAGGCUCUUGCUAAGGCCCGGGCCUGGAUUGCUGAUGUGGAUGAGAUCCAAAAUGGUGACCACUACCCCUGCUUGGAUGACUUAGAGGGCCUGGUGGCCGUGGGCCGGGACCUACCUGUGGGCUUGGAGGAGUUGAGACAGCUAGAGCUGCAGGUACUGACUGCACACUCCUGGAGGGAGAAGGCAUCCAAGACUUUCCUCAAGAGGAAUUCCUGCUACACGCUGCUGGAGGUGCUCUGCCCGUGUGCAGACGCCGGCUCAGACAGCACCAAGCGCAGCCGGUGGAUGGAGAAGGAGCUGGGGUUGUACAAAUCUGACACGGAGCUGCUGGGACUGUCUGCACAGGACCUCAGGGACCCAGGCUCUGUGAUCGUGGCCUUCAAGGAGGGGGAACAGAAGGAGAAGGAGGGUAUCCUGCAGCUGCGUCGCACCAACUCCGCCAAGCCCAGUCCACUGGCAUCAUCGACCACAGCUUCCUCUGCAACCUCCGUCUGUGUGUGUGGGCAGGUGCCGGCCGGGGUGGGAGCUCUGCAGUGUGACCUGUGUCAGGACUGGUUCCAUGGGCGAUGUGUGUCGGUACCCCGCCUCCUCAGCUCCCCAAGGCCCAGUCCCACCUCGUCCCCGCUGCUGGCCUGGUGGGAGUGGGACACCAAAUUCUUGUGUCCGCUGUGCAUGCGCUCACGGCGCCCCCGCCUGGAGACCAUCCUGGCACUGCUGGUAGCCCUGCAGAGACUGCCUGUGCGGCUGCCUGAGGGCGAGGCCCUGCAGUGUCUCACAGAGAGGGCCAUCAGCUGGCAAGGCCGUGCCAGGCAGGCUUUGGCCUCUGAGGAUGUGACUGCUCUGUUGGGACGGCUGGCCGAGCUUCGCCAGCGGCUGCAGGCUGAACCCAGGCCUGAGGAACCCCCUACCUACCCUUCAGCCCCUGCCUCUGACCCUCUCAGAGAAGGCAGUGGCAAGGAUAUGCCCAAGGUCCAGGGGUUGCUGGAGAACGGAGACAGUGUGACCAGUCCUGAGAAGGUAGCCCCCGGGGAGGGCUCAGUGGUGGGGAUACAACCAGGAGCAGCCUCUAACCCAGCCUGUCCCCGCAACCCACCAGACCUGGAGCUGCUUUCCUCGCUGUUGCCACAGUUGACUGGCCCUGUGUUGGAGCUGCCUGAGGCAACUCGGGCCCCUCUAGAGGAGCUUAUGUUAGAAGGGGACCUGCUUGAGGUGACCCUGGAUGAAAACCACAGCAUUUGGCAGCUAUUGCAGGCUGGGCAGCCUCCAGACAUGGAGCGGAUCCGCACACUUCUAGAGCUGGAAAAGGCAGAGCGCCAUGGGAGCCGGGCACGGGGCCGGGCGUUGGAGAGGCGGCGACGGCGGAAGGUGGAUCGGGGUGGGGAGGGCGAUGACCCAGCCCGAGAGGAGCUAGAGCCAAAGAGGGUACGGAGCUCAGGGCCAGAGGCUGAGGAGGCCCAGGAGGAGGAGGAGCUGGAGGAGGAGACUGGGGGUGAGGGCCCCCCCCAACCCCUGCCCACCACUGGCAGCCCCAGCACCCAGGAGAACCAGAAUGGCUUGGAGCCGGCACUAGGGGCCACUUCAGGCCCCUCGGCCCCUUUCUCUACUCUGACUCCUAGGCUGCAUGUGCCCUGCCCACAGCAGCCACCUCAGCAACAGUUGUGACAGUGGCUGAGCCUAGCACAGACCCCUAACAAAGACCCCACCCCCCCACCCCGUUGGUCUCAAGGAUCCUCUUUCUGACCAUCAAGCCUGCUUCUUGGGAGGUGGGCAAGUAGGGGGGAUGGCCACUGUCCCCCCCACUCCCCAGCCCACCCCUUAGUCCCUUGACUUUUAUAUUCUGACUCCAAGGUAUUGUUCAGACCUCAGCUCCUGGGGGCUGGCCCCUGGAGUCCCCCUCCCUGGUAGCCUCUAACCAGCAUUCCCAGACACCUGAGGCAGAUAAACAGAUGGGUGGGCAGGUGGGCAGGGGGGUGGCUGGGGCUGGGCCAGCACCAUUCCAGAGACAAGGCCAGUGCGUACACAAACUGGGGGAAUCUUCUCUCCCUUCUCUCCCCAGUUCUGGCCCUGGCCAGGCCAUGCUACACUAACCUCACCUCCCUCUGACUCUUUCUCCUCCCUCCCUUUUCCUACCUCUCUUCCCCCACCUUUACCUCCCCCUCCCGUCCCCCUUCCCCCUUCCCCCUUCCCCCUUCCCCCUUCCCCCUUCCCCCUUCCCCCUUCCCCCUUCCCCCUUCCCCUGACUGGUCUACCCAGGAGGAGGAAACUUCACAUAGCUGUGCUCACAGUUUUUUAUUUUAAAUGAAUUUGGCUGGGGAGCUCCCCAUGAUCUGAAGAAAGCUUUUGGUGCUUGUCCUCACAACCACCUUGACCUUCUCUCCCUGUCCCAUCCCAUCUCCUUUCCUCCUCCUGGGUUCAUGUUGUAAUAAAAGAAGAUUGUUGGUGUGUAAUUAAUUUGUUCAAAAAAAAAAAAAAAAAAAAAAAACUUGGUUC